UUGUGGGUCCCAGGAGUGGACUACAAUUCCCGUUGUGCUCUACGCCCAGCUGGCCAGCGGCGAUCAGCGCGCGCAGCCCCCUGGGAAUAGUAGUUUUGGCCGCGUGGAUGCGGGUCUGAGCCGGAUAGCCGGGAACUCGUCUUCCCGGCUACCCGUUUGGCAGGGCGGGGGGCCUCGCGAAGAUGGUGGCGCGCGCGGCGUGUGGCUCCCGUCGUCUGGCCAAGUCUCAGCGCAGCGCACCGGCCGGCGUCUCGCUGGUCUGGAGCGCCCACCCGCCGGGUCCCUGACCCUCCGCCCUCUGCGCCCCCCGCGCCCGGUUCCUGGCAUGCCUCGAGCCCGUAAGGGCCACGCGCCCCGCAAGGGCGGCCAGCGCCGUGGAGGAGGUGCCCGGAGCAGUGCCAAAGCUGACUCAGGUUCCAGUGAGGAUGAGGCAGCCAGUGAGGCCCGCAGCACCACCAGUGAAUGCCCCAGCCUUCUCAGCGCCACGGCCGAGGACAGCCUUGGGGGGGAUGUCCUGGAUGAGCAGGGCCAGCAGGAAGACCUCGAGGAAAAGCUGAAGGAGUAUGUGGACUGCCUCACAGACAAGAGUUUCAAGAUCCGGCAAGGUGCUCUGGAGAGCCUGCGCCUGGCCCUGGCGUCCCGCCUACUCCCUGACUUCUUGCUAGAGCGCCGCCUCACACUGGCCGAUGCCCUGGAAAAGUGCCUCAAGAAAGGGAAGGGUGAGGAACAGGCCCUGGCUGCUGCCGUGCUAGGCCUGCUCUGCGUGCAGCUGGGCCCUGGACCCAAAGGCGAGGAGCUGUUCCACAGCCUGCAGCCUCUGCUGGUCUCUGUGCUCAGUGACAGCACAGCUAGCCCUGCUGCCCGGCUCCACUGUGCUUCUGCUCUUGGCUUGGGCUGCUAUGUGGCUGCUGCUGACAUCCAGGAUCUGGUCUCUUGUCUUGCCUGCUUAGAAAGUGUUUUCAGCCGGUCCUGUGGUGUGGGUGGCUCUACAGUUCCAGUGGUCCCUGCCAGUCUGCAUGGCCUGCUCUGUGCUGCCCUGCAGGCCUGGGCAUUGCUGCUCACUAUCUGCCCCAGCACCCACAUCAGCCACAUCCUCGACAGGCAGCUGCCCCAGCUGCCCCAGCUCUUGUCCAGUGAAAGUGUGAACCUGCGGAUCGCUGCCGGUGAAACCAUCGCACUGCUCUUUGAGCUCGCCCGGGACCUUGAGGAGGACUUCAUUUACGAGGACAUGGAGGCCCUCUGUAGUGCUUUGCGCACUCUGGCCACUGACAGCAACAAGUUCCGUGCCAAGGCUGACCGCCGGCGCCAGCGGUCUACUUUCCGCGCCGUGCUCCACUUUGUUGAGGGCGGCGAAUGCGAGGAAGAGACAGUCCGCUUUGGGCUUGAGGUGCUCUACAUGGACACCUGGGCCCGGCACAGGAUCUACGCUGCCUUCAAGGAAGUGCUGGGUUCGGGCAUGCACCACCAUCUCCAGAACAACGAGCUACUCCGUGACAUCUUUGGCCUGGGCCCAGUGCUGGUGUUGGAUGCCACUGCACUGAAGGCCUGCAAAAUUCCACGAUUUGAGAAGCACCUGUACAACGCUGCUGCCUUCAAAGCCCGGACCAAGGCUCGCAGCCGCGUGCGGGACAAGCGGGCAGACAUCCUGUGAAGCAGGACCAGCUAAAGAGAAGACCAGCCAUACCCUUGCCCAUAUUUUUAACAGAAGACAGUGCAACAACUGGUCUCUGCCAGUAAUUGUCGCUUUAUUUUUUUAAUGACAAAACCAAAAACAGACAUGGAGUGGGUGGCUGGGGGCCAGGACACUUGGGACCCUGGCCCUUCAUCCCUGCACUCAGCCCUGUGCCCUUUCCUGCCCUGUCUCAGGCUGGGUCAAAUGUGGCCCAGGGCUGUGGGGCAGACAGUAGGGGAGCUGUCCCUUCUUUUUCUUUCUCAGGCUUUGCUCCCCUGGGAUGACCCACUUCCUUGGGGGAGAUGGCAUUUAGACAAAUGCCACCACAGCAGCUGGGGAGGCAAAGCUACCUGGAAUGGAUUUGUUUGCUGAUUUUUAAAGAUUAUUAGGGAUAAUUAAACAGAAUGCUCAGCCUUCUGUGGUCUU